AGCUGAGCGCCUGGUUCUGGGAUCUUGACAGCCGAUUUGUGUCGGGAGAGGAAGCAGAAGGAGAGAAAUGGCUUCGGUGGUGAAGAAUGUGUUGAAGUCAAUCAGGGAAAAUGGCAUCGGAAGCUUUAUCAGGGAGCUCAGAGAAGAAGGCUACACGAAGUGCCUCUUGGAUGGAAAUCUUCUGCAAACCAAGAUUCACAACAUAGGGGCAACACUUGUUGGUGUCGAUAAGUUUGGUAACAAAUACUAUCAGAAGCUUGGAGACACUCAAUAUGGAAGGCAUAGGUGGGUGGAGUAUGCACAAAAGGGUCGUUACAAUGCUUCACAAGUUCCAGCGGAAUGGCAUGGUUGGCUCCAUUUCGUCACUGACCACACAGGAGAUGAGCUACUAUUGCUGAAACCAAAGAGAUAUGGGGUUGAACACAAAGAGAACUUUUCCGGAGAGGGUGAAGAGCUUAUCUAUCAUUCCAAAGGGCACUCCCUUAAUCCUGGGCAGAGAGACUGGACAAGGUACCAACCCUGGCAGCCAACUAAGCCCUAAGUUUCCUUUUCUUCACCUCAAGAGAAGCUGGAAAAGCAUACAGAAUGCCAGCUAUGUUUCAUUAAUAAGCUUUUUAUGAACUUUUAAAUUGGUUACUAGUAUCAUUUUGUUUUAUCUGCUAGUCAAAUAUUCUUGGACUUCGAAGUUCAAAUUGAAUAUGUUACACUUUAAGUGCUUGGAUAUGUUUUGAUGCUAAUAAAUGAAAGGGUGUAUGAUCUCUAAGUACUGAGUUAGAGUUUUCUCUUCUAA